CUACUUCGCUCUGAUUGGUCGAUUGGUCCUAGCCCGACUGCUGUGGCCAUAUUUUCCUCCUGUGUCUGUUUGAUAUUCUAGACUUCUUCAACCUACCUCAUACUCACUUCUUGGUCUUUCCAGCUAUUCCUCUGCACUUAAUACAUAUAUAAGAAAAACCGAUUCCUUUAUUCUGGACCCCGGAUUUUGCAACAAGCCGCCCUCAAUUAUCUCAAAACCAAGAUCAACAGUUCAAACCAUUCCUACGAAGUGCCUCGAUGAUGCCAGCAACAAGCCCAUACGACAGUAAUUCUCCAACAAUCAUACCUGAAAAGGAUGAAGGAAGUCAUAAACACACGCUAGCAAAUCAGCAUCACGACCACGAGCUUCCACCACAUGGCUGUCCUCAAGAUGGACCUUCAUCUGCUUUCAAGAGUCUAGGUUGGCUCGACCGGUUCCUGGCAGUAUGGAUCUUCUUAUCCAUGGCUAUUGGGAUUAUUUUAGGCAAUUUCGUCCCAAAUACUGGGCCUGCAUUACAGAAAGGGAAAUUCGUUGGAGUUUCUGUUCCAAUCGCAAUUGGACUUCUCGUCAUGAUGUACCCUAUUCUAUGUAAGGUCAGAUACGAGACUCUCCAUCAUGUCUUCCGGGAACGCAAGAUCUGGGUACAGCUGGGAUUCAGCAUCAUCGUCAACUGGAUCGUUGCCCCGCUACUGAUGCUCGCCCUGGCAUGGGCUUUUCUCCCAGACAAGGAGCACCUUCGAGAAGGUCUCAUCCUCGUCGGUCUCGCGCGCUGUAUCGCAAUGGUUCUCAUUUGGACCGGUCUCGCAGGCGGUGACAACGAAUACUGCGCUAUUCUUGUUGCCGUCAAUUCUGUCCUGCAAAUGGUACUCUUCGCCCCACUUGCGAUCCUCUUCCUCAAGGUGUUUGGCGAUGGCGACGAGACUGUAUCAUACGAAGUCGUCGCAAAAUCGGUCGCUGUAUUUCUGGGUAUUCCGCUUGGAGCUGCAAUUUUGACGCGCUUUAGUCUACGCAAACUCUUCAGUCCAGACUGGUAUGAUCGGGUAUUCUUGAGAUUCGCGGCUCCAUGGUCAUUGAUCGGACUUCUCUUCACGAUCAUUGUUCUCUUCGCGUCUCAGGGGAAGCAAGUCGUACAACAGAUCGUCUCUGUAGUUCGCGUGUCGGCCCCUCUUAUCGUGUACUUCACAAUCAUCUUCUUCCUCACCCUGCUUGUAUGCUUCAAGCUGGGAUUCGGGUAUAAGUUGUCCGCGACGCAAAGUUUUACGGCGGCGAGUAAUAAUUUUGAGUUGGCGAUUGCGGUAGCUGUCGCUACGUAUGGUGCGAAUAGCCAGCAGGCUUUGGCUGCUACUGUUGGUCCCUUGAUUGAGGUCCCUGUUUUAUUGGGGCUGGUGUAUGUGGCGAAGGCAAUUGGGCGAAGGAGGGGGUGGAAAGAAUGA